UCCUCUUUUCGCCGGCCCCUCGAGGUGGCAUUAUUUGGAAAAGUGGUGGCAAAAUGAGUAUCAAAAGUGAUGAAGUAAAUUUCUUGGUCUAUAGAUACCUUUUGGAGUCAGGUUUUCAGCAUUCUGCAUAUACAUUUUCUCAGGAGAGUCAUGUGAAGCAUACUAGCAUUAACAGUACACAAAUACCACCAGGUGCACUUAUAUCAGUCAUACAGAAGGGACUGCAAUAUGUUGAGGCUGAAGUUAGCAUUGCUGAGGAUGGUACAAUAUUAGAAGAUGCUCCUCCAUUGUCACUGAUUGAUGCUGUAUCUUAUGAAAGUCCUGGAAUUAAAGGUGGUGGGGGUUUGUCAGUAAAACCUCUAAAUUCACAACAAAUUUCUACUCCUACACAAGAGCCAAUGUCAACAGAAAGAAAUGAUAAUGUUCCAGCAACAGUGACUGAUCAUCCUCCUAAUCUAGUAAAGAUAUUGCAAGGUCAUGGAUCUGAAGUGUUCACUUGUGCCUGGAGUCCAAUAGACAACACAUUAGUGACAGGAUCUGGUGACUCUACAGCUAGGCUUUGGCAUGUUGAUGCUAAUGAUACAUCACAGAAUUACGGAGGAUCUAUUGUACUAUCACAUCAGCCUCUACCUGGUGUACAUUUAUCAUCAGAGGGUGGGAAUCGUGAUGUUACUUCAGUUCAUUGGAGUCCUGAUGGUAGUCAAGUUGCUACAGGUAGUUAUGAUGGGGUUGCUCGGUUAUGGUCUCUGGAAGGUGAAAUAAAGUCUACUCUCAUUCGUCAUUCUGGCCCAAUUUUUGCUCUCAAAUGGAAUAACAAGGGAAACUAUAUAGCAACCGGUGGUGUAGAUAAGUUGGCAGUGGUUUGGGAUGUCAACAGUGGUGAUGUCCGUCAGUCUUAUUCUCAUCACAAAUCUCCUACUCUAGAUGUGGAUUGGCAAAAUAACACAACCUUUUCAUCGUGCUCUGCAGACACUUUUAUACAUGUGUACAGACUGGGGACUGAUAAGCCAAUAAGAACAUUCUCUGGACAUAAGAAUGGUGUCAAUGCUAUUAAAUGGGAUCCGUCAGGUAACCUAUUGGCAUCAUGUUCUGAUGAUCACACUGCUAAGCUUUGGAGUAUGAAGCAGGAGACUUGGUUGCAUGAUCUAACGGAACAUUCUGGUGAUAUUUAUACCUUACAAUGGAGCCCCACUGGUCCUAACACUAGUAAUCCUAAUGCUAAUCUACAGCUAGCAACUGCUUCAUUUGAUUCAACUGUGCGUCUCUGGGAGGUUGAGAGAGGAGUUUGCCUUCAUACUUUAAGACGUCAUCAAGAUCCAGUGUAUUCGGUUGCCUUUAGUCCUGAUGGUCGUUAUAUUGCCAGUGGCUCUUUUGAUAGGUGGUUAUUUAUCUGGUCAACAAGUAAUGGUGCAUUAGUGCGGCGGUACAGAGGUGACAGUGGGAUAUUUGAAGUAUGUUGGAAUAAAGACGGAACUAAAUUGGCUGCUAGUUUCUCUGAUCACAAAGUAUGUGUACUGGAUUUGAAAACAUUGAGCAGCUAAUGAGUUACAUAGAGCUUAGAGAUACUCCCGAUAUUACUUACAUAGCAUGCACAUCUCACCCAACUCAUCACCACCACUACAGUUACCUUUUGAAUUUCAAAGUAUAAUGUCAUGUUUGGUUUCAUAAUGUUAAUAGUACAGUAA